UGCACACUGCACAUCAUACGACCAAUAAUUAUAAAACGAUUUUGAAUCAUCCAACUCGAAAUUUUAAGUAAGGCUUUUGCCGUUUUUGGCUGGUGACAUUUGAUUGCAAGUCAAGUGUCCCAAGUUGAACUCCUACUUUCAUCGUCCAUUCUGUGGUGUUUACUGUUCGCAAUUCGCAUCUAACAAAAUAGCGGCUCUUCGAAUCAUUUAUUGCUGAAUAAGUCAAAAGCUUUGGUGUUGUCUAAAGAAUUUCACAAAACUAAAGCUGGUUACAGCUAGCUGUUUUUCUUUGUUAUGUCCACGUUUUGUUGUUUGAUCACUUUGAUGGUUUCCGAUUAAUCAUUACUCACUGGACUUCGCUAUGAUGUCGUUCAUUUCGAAGUCGUUUCCCCGAUUUUGAGAGUUUAUACAAGGCUAUUUUGCUGGUGCAACAACUUCAGCACUGUGUUCCAGUGGGAAUAUUUGGUUAUUGUAUACUGGUUUCUAAUAAACCGCAGAGAUGAGUUUAGCACUCAGUCGGCUGGCGGAAGAACGCAAAGCGUGGCGCAAAGAUCAUCCUUUUGGAUUCGUCGCUAAGCCUUCGGAAAACGCCGAUGGUACUAUGAAUAUGUGGGUCUGGGACUGUAUCAUUCCUGGCCCGAAAGGUACACUAUGGGAGCCAGGGCAGUACCAUCUGAAGAUGAUGUUCCGUGAGGAUUAUCCCGGCACGGCACCCAAAUGCCGCUUCGAUCCACCCUUAUUCCAUCCCAAUAUUUAUCCUUCCGGUACCGUCUGCUUAUCAAUUUUGGAUGACGAUAAGGGAUGGCGACCGGGUAUCACCGUCAAAGAAAUCCUGUUAGGAAUUCAAGAUCUGCUAGUCAAUCCUAACGAACGAGAUCCAGCCCAGGCGGAUGCCUACAAUAUUUACAUUCGUAGCCGGGAGGAGUACGACAGGAAAGUGCGGGAGCAGGCGCGACGUUAUGCACCAUCAGCGAGCAAGUCCUAGUGCUGGUUUCUAUGGGGAGUCAUCGAAUUCCAAACGAGUUUCUUUGUGUAAGAUGUAUUGCACUGACUGCACAUUUAUCUACCUUUAUUUUUGAGUGAUGCGGCUCGCGCUGAGUUUCGUUCCGUUCAGUUUUGACAAUUGACAGUUAAUUUGGACUCUUAAUCGUUAAGUCUUUUUCGUGAGUUUAACCGUCUUUUUUCUAGAAUUUCGCAGUUUUUCUCAUUUUCAGUUUUCAGCCAAAUCACCGGUAAUCACCUUGUUGUUCACGUUAAAGGUUGAUAUUCUC